AUGGGGUUCCCUCCUUCUCGUCUCUUGUGGUCUCGUGGUGAUAGCGCGGCAAGUACAUAUACAAGGGUGCCUAGUGCCGUUCCUGGCUCGUGCAGAAACCUUCUCAAACUCCCUCAGCCCGUCGCCUCCGUCCCCCGCUUCCUGCGAGGUUCAAGUGAGACAUACCAAGCCACCAAGCAAGUCUUCCUUACCGUCGCUGCCUUCGUUGCUGUGCCACAUCACCUAAGCCGUCUACUCGACCUCUUCCCCUUUCGUCCAAGUCAAGCCUUCGAAUACCAAAUGAGUCGAGCCCAAAAGGAGCCGCAUGUCGACCUGUCCGCCACGCUCGGCCAGAGAUGCAACUGGAGGGUCCAAUUCGAGGGGAUGCAACCCAGGACGAACGAUAAGAUCAGCAGCCCGACCAUGUUUUCUGGGACUGCACCAAUAGUCGACUGCAUCCUCCCUUCGCGCUCUGGCGUCUCGAGUCGCGGUGCCAGAUGCGACGUCACCCAGCGUGGCAUGGCAGCCCUGAGCAUGUGGAGUGUUUCCCCCAAUUCCGCACUCUUCGAAGAACCCGUCCUUCCACGAAGCUUGUUUCUGCCCGUUUCAUCUGAACAGCUCCCCUCCAGACUGACCUCGAAGUUUCACUGCUCCGAUGCUCCGUUCCAGUCAAAUUUGGUUCCCGGCCAUCUUGCAGAGGGCAGAGCUUUGAAUGGCCAAGACAAUGACGAGGUUACCGCAUGUCUACCGGCGUUACUAGCACCAGCUGUGUUUGGAUGUCACAACACAAACUUGAAUAGUCCGAUACAACAUAAACGACGGGAGCGCCAUGGCUGUGCGGGGCUUUCGCUUUACCCGGAGUCCACGAUAUCUGUGCCUGAACCCGGAGAUGGGGAAUCAUUAGCAAGGAGACGCGGCUCAACUCCGAGCACUGUGCAAUACAAAGCGACCAUCCUCGAGCCUCGGGACUUUGCUCACUACCAGAGGACGAAUACUAUCAAGAACGGGACUCCGAGUAGAGGAGGGCGCGGAGACAAUCCUGGACACCAUUUUCUCAAACGCCAGCAGCAUCAGUCCAUCAUUUGCAGUGUCCGACGAUACCACAGAGCCCUAGACCACCAGGAAACGAACGUGGCGAGUCCAUAUAUCAGCCGGAAGCUUGCCACACCUCUUACUGGCCCAACCGCCGGCGAAGUCUCCCGUAAUCCUGGAAAUGACCUCGGGACCGGCAUCCACGUCCUAGAGGUCGCCGACCCUGUCAAUUCAAAAUCAAUCUCUUCCUCGUCCAUCCUUGUCGACGGACUACAGAGACAGAGGGCUGGGCUGAUAUCCAAGUUUGACCCAUCUGCUCGGCCAAGGUCUGAAGAGCUUCAGAAAAUGGUCUACCGAAAUCUAGAUCCGAUCACGUCUGACCACAUUGAAACCGCAGCGGACCGGUUCGCCGCAAAUCCCGUUAAGACAGGACCUUCUCCACCAAAAACAACAGAGAUACAUUUGCCGGAAAGCCUCACAGCUAGAUACGCGUCUUUCCAAAUAUGUCAUAUUUACCCCGCUGUAAAAAGACUUGAUCAGUCUCACUCUCCCGUUUGCCAGAUGAGAGAGACCGACAACGACGAUGAGAUAGCUGUGAACCUCAUCUUCAUCAACAGUCCAGCCAAGAGGGUUGUGCAUCGUCCUUCGUGCCAAGUCUACGGGCUGCUCUCCUCUUCGACUCCCCGCUGGACCCCCGCUACUGGCGCUGUCGCCAAAGCCGCGCUGAGGACUCCGCGCCCAGCAGUUAGGUUGCGCCGGCCGUGCCACGGGCGGGUCUAUCGUUCACCGAAUCACAACACGCGAGAAGGCCAAAAGCAGCAUACAAAUCUCUCACUCUGCCCCUUGCAUCCCGAGUUCCCGCCAUCCAUGAGUCUGCAGCAAAAGUUGUCGGCGGGCUAUUUCAACCGCAUACCAAUGCGACGACAACAUCCACAGUUUUGCAAUGACAAGAACAAGAAUAAGAGAGUGCAUGUCGACAAAUUAACCUCUGUCAAUCAAGUGCGGUCUGGAACCUACUACCCUAGAUCUUCCACCCCUCCCCUCGGACGUCAAACUGUCAACAAGUUUACCAAGCAAGCAAGCAACCGGACGGACAGAAGCCAAAAUCUGUUGCGAAAACCUUGCCCACCGCUUGACAACCAAGCUUCGCGCGACCUUAUGCUGUCGGGCAGCUGUCAAAAAACGACCCGGGCUUUCUUCCUUUCUUCCUCCCCCCUCCUCCUCACCACCACCACCGUGUACGACGACCUAUCUGUGCCUCCUCCUUCGACCAUCUAG